GAGCUAGGUUUUUGAUUAUCAUUGUGCUUCUUCCCAAUGACCUGAACCUGUUCGUUGAAAUGACUGACUCAGUGGGUUAUAUAAUUUAUACAUCUCACUCCUGAAUUGGUUCUUAUUUGGGUUAGAUUUUGGUGAACAUGUUUCUUCGGCGAAUGGCUGUUUCGUUUCCUUACUCGAGAAGGCUUCUCAGCAGUAGCGGUAGCAGUAACAGCAGCAUUGACAUUGCGAAAGCUAUUGAUGAGCUUAACAAGGAAAUGGAAUCAGUGUUUGGUGAACCUCCAGCUGAUAGUGGGCUUGCCAGUUCUGCAAGAAAUGAUGUUAUGGCACAAGAACCCGAGUUAGAAUCACGAGCAGAAGGGGAAGGCAUGCAUGGUCUAACCCACAUUGGCAGUACUGGGGAGGCUCAAAUGGUGGAUGUUUCUCCCAAACCAAGUACCAAGAGAACUGCCGUUUCUAGUUGCAAGGUACUUCUCGGCAAGCAGGUGUUUGAUUUGGUGUUGGCCAAUCAGAUGGCCAAAGGGGAUGUGCUUAGUGUGGCCAAGAUUGCUGGAAUAAAUGGAGCAAAGCACACAAGCAGUCUCAUCCCGCUAUGCCAUAACAUACUCAUCACCCAUGUCCGGGUUGAUCUGGCACUGAACCCGAAGGAUUUCAGUGUGGAUAUCAAAGCGGAAGCCAGUUCAACAGGGAAAACUGGGGUAGAAAUGGAAGCAAUGACAGCUGCGAGUGUUGCUGGCUUGACGGUCUAUGAUAUGUGCAAAGCUGCUUCGAAAUCUAUACAGAUCACUGAUAUAAGACUUGAGAGUAAAGCUGGUGGGAAGAGUGGAGACUGGUCCAGGGAGGAGUAAGUAAAAGGUGUUCAAUAUAGUGCAAUAUGCUCUCAUUGUCAGCGGGUAAGUGCUUUAGUGCCGAUUUUCAAAUCACAUUGUAAUGAUGAAAUGGAAUAUGAUCGGAUAUGUCAUCUCAAAAAGAUGUUACCGACUAGUAUGAUUCUAAAUGGCUUCUGUUAAGACUGGUUAGUACCCAAGCCCUUAAGUCCUUAACCCUCAAUAUCAUAAUCCAAAAACAUGCUACCAGUAUUGGGUA